CCCUAGAUCCUGAUGCAUCCUGAGCCUCGCCGCGCGCAGGGGAUGCUCUGAGCACCGCGGGGGCUCUGCCGCCGGCCCCCACCAUGGAAGAGGAGGGGUCCCUGCCCGUGGCCUCCUGGCUGGCCGCCCUGCACCUCGAGCAGUACGCGGGCUGCUUCCAGCGGAGGGAGCUGCUCACGGUGCGGGACUGCCGGGCGCUGACGGAGCAGAGCCUGACCCAGCUCGGGGUGCUCCUGCCCGGCCACCGCCGCCGCAUCCUGCUGGGGCUGCAGAAAGCCUUUGCUGAAGGGACCCCCCCCGGGGCCCCCGCCCCGAAGCCUGUGCCCAUGAAGAGGCACGUUUUCCGCGUGAGCACCGCGGCGGCACCCGAGCAUCCCCGGGAGCAUCCCCGGGAGCAUCCCCGGGAGCAUCCCCAGGAGCAUCCCCAGGAGCAUCCCCGGGAGCAUCCCCGGGAGCAUCCCCAGGAGCAUCCCCGGGAGCAUCCCCAGGAGCAUCCCCGGGAGCAUCCCCGGGAGCAUCCCCGGGAGCAUCCCCAGGAGCAUCCCCGGGAGCAUCCCCGGGAGCAUCCCCAGGAGCAUCCCCGGGAGCAUCCCGAGCCCCGUUCCCCGCUGAUGGAGCUGGACCAAGGCGCCAGCCUCACCCAUCACCCCCCGCCCAUCCCGCCCAGGGUCGGCUGCCGCCCCCCACUCAAGUUCUCGGCAUCGCUAAAGGGGGGCAGCCCCGAGCCCCCUCCCAGCGCCCCUCCAGCACCCAGAGGGGCCUCCCCACCGCCCGGCACCACGAGGCCCCCGCUGAGAACCCCCCUGCCGCCGCUGCCGGCCAAGCGGCACCAGCUGGAAGCCAAGGGCCAGGCCCCGCAGGGCCCCCCGGAGCUGCCCCCCAGGGCCGCGUCCCACAGGAGCGGGGGGACGGCACCCAUGGGUGGGCACACACCCAUCCCCACGGCCCCCCGGCUCCGAUCGCUCCCCAAAGCCCGUCCCCAUCCCUUCUGCACCGAGGUGGUCCCCAAGCCCCCCCCCCCCCCCCCCCCCGCCUUGGACCCGCUGCCGGCCCUGGCCUGGCCGGGAGCUGCGCGGUGCCACCAGCGGUACCAGUGCUACCAGUGCCACCAGUGCCACCAGUGCCACCGUUGGCCACCGUUGGCCGCAGUGGCUCCCGUCCGGCGGGGGCCGCGGCCGGUGCAGGAAGUUUCGGUGGCGCAGGAAGUGCCGGGGGGUGACGAGAGCUCCGGUCCCUCCGCAUCUCCGGACCGCGCCGCAUCCGGGCCCCGGCGGCUCGCGCAGGGACGGGAGCGGGGAGCCCCGUCCUUGCGGGGGGGGGGCUGCGGGAGCAGGUCCCUGGGUGCCGCCGUCCCCUCGGGCGCAGGCAGCGGCUGGACGGUGCCCGGGGAGCCGGCACCGCGGGGCUGGGUCCUCCCUGCUCCAUCGCGUGGCCUCGGGUGGGCGCGGGGCUGGGCGCUCGGCCGCGGGGACGUGGCCCAUGUGGGGGGCACAGGGACGUGUCCUCGCACCCCUGCCAAGGAGGGGGUCCCCAUCGCCGAGAGACCCCCUGGUGUCCCCCCGUGCCCCCCAUCCCCACCGCUGCUCCUACCCCGCUCCAAGCCCCCGGCACCGCUGCCACCGGAGCCGCCCCCCAAGGCCACCGUCCCCUUCGUGCCCCAGUUUGAUGACUCGGACUACGAGGACUCGGCCUCGGAGGAGGAAUUAAGUGGAGCCGUGGGGGAGAUGGCUGAGAAGGAGGAGGCCGAGCCCCCGGCACCGCGGUCCCUGCGCGCCAACAGCCUCGACAGCGAGGAUGAGCUCAGCGAGGAGCAGGGGGAGGCUGCGCUGCGCAGCCCCAGCCCGCACCCAGCGCCCGCCUUCCCCAGCGGCACGGACAUGGAGGGGUCCCCGCUGCCAGCCCCGCUCAGAGCGGGGUGGUUGGACAAGAACCCACCCCAGGGGUCCUACAUCUACCAGAGGCGCUGGGUGAAGCUGGAUGCUGAGCACCUGUGCUAUUUCGACAGUGAGAAGGACGCCUAUUCCAAGCGCUUCAUCCCCGUCUCCUCCAUCUCCCGCAUCGCCAGCGUCGGGGACCAGAAGUUCGAGGUCAUCACCAACAACCGCAACUUCGUGUUCCGUGCCGAGAGCGAUGCCGAGCGCAACGAGUGGAUCCGGACCCUGCAGCAGGCGGCGGAGGAGCGGAGGAGGACAUCGGGGUCCCCAGGCUCCAGUGGGGCCCCCGCCGAGCUGCCCGACAGGAGCGGCUUCCUGGAGCUGCGCGGCUUCAAGCACAAGCUCUUCGUGGUGGUGGCUGGGGACAAAGUUCUCCUCUACAAGAACGCUGAGGACUAUCGCCUCGGCAUCGGCAUCACCUACAUCGAGAUGAAUGUGGGCAACGUGAAGGAGGUGGAUCGCCGCGGCUUCGACCUCACCACCCCGUACCGCACCUUCAGCUUCGCGGCCGACUCGGAGCAGGAGAAGGAGGAGUGGGUGGAAGCCAUGCAGCAAUCCAUCGCCGAGGCCCUCUCCAACUCCGAGGUGGCCGAGAGGAUCUGGGCCCUGGAACCCAACCGCUCCUGCGCCGACUGCGGCUCCCCCAAGCCCGACUGGGCCUCCAUCAACCUCUGCGUGGUCAUCUGCAAGCGAUGCGCAGGGGAGCACCGGGGCUUGGGUCCUUCAAUCAGCAAAGUGCGGAGCCUGAAGAUGGACAGGAAGGUGUGGACGGAGGAGCUGAUCCAGCUCUUCCACCACAUCGGUAACGCUGUGGCCAACCAGUUCUGGGCCGCCAACGUCCCCCCCAGCGAAUCCAUCGGCCCCGGCAGCGGGAGCCGGGAGAGGAGGCGCUUCCUGACGGCCAAGUACCGGGAGGGCAAGUACCGGCGCUACCACCCGCUCUUCGGCAACCAGGAGGAGCUCGACAGGGCGCUGUGCGCGGCCGUCACCACCGCGGACCUGGCGGAGACGCAGGCGCUGCUGUUCUGUGGGGCCGCCGCGUCCUGCCCCACCGGGGACCCCCAGUGCCCCACGCCCCUCGCCCUGGCCCAGAGGAGCGGGCAGCGCCUGCAGAUGGAAUUCCUGCUCCACAACAGGUCCUCAGAGCCCCCUCGCCUGGAGGUGGGGGGCAGCGAGGAGAGGCCCUACUCGGUUCCGCUGCCCUCUGUCACCCACCAUGGCUUCCUCUACAAGACCCCGUCCAUGGCCAAGCCCAUCGCCGAGCGCAAGGGGCCGGAAGAGUUCAGCCGGCGCUGGUGCACGCUGCAGGACGGGCUCCUCAGCUACUACGAGAGCGAGCGCAGCGCAGCGCCCAACGGCGAGCUCCGGGCCCAGGAGAUGGUGUGCCUGGUGCACAACGCGCCCCACACGCACGGCAUCGAGAACACCUUUGAGGUGUACACCGAGUCGGAGAGGCUCUACCUCUUCGGGCUGGAGAACCCCGGCUCCGCUCGGGAAUGGCUCAAGUCCAUUGCCAAGUCCUUCGUCCAUCCCUGUGCCGAGGAGCUCCUGGCGCUGGACUUCGAGCGCGUCGGCCGCCUGCACUACAAGGGGGGCCUCAACCUGGAGCGCGCCAAGGAGGGCUGGUUCGCCCUGGUGGGAUCCACGCUCCACGGCCGCUUCCAGGACAGCGAGCGGCAGGAGCCCCUCCAGCUCCGCAAGCUGCAGGAGCUCUCCAUCCAGGGGGACAACGAGGUGCUGGUGCUGGUGGAGAGGCGGAGGACGCUGUACAUCCAAGGGGAGAGGAAGCUGGAUUUCCUGGGAUGGGUCCAGGCCAUCCAGAAGGCUGCGGGAAGCUCCGGGGACACGUUGUCAGAGCAGCAGCUCACCGAGUCCGAUGUCCCACUGCUGGUGGAUCGCUGCAUCGACUAUAUCACCCAGUGCGGGUUGACAUCCGAAGGCAUCUACCGCAAGAGCGGGCAGAACUCCAAGACCACCAGCCUGCUGGAGAUGCUGCGCAGGGAUGCCCGCAGCGUGCGCCUCAAGGAGGGCGAGCACCACGUGGAUGACGUGGCCAACACCCUCAAGAGGUUCUUCAGGGACCUGGGGGACGGGCUCUUCACCAGGCGCUGGGGCCAGGACUGGAUGUGGGCCACUGCGCUGGAGGACGAGGAGGUGAAGAUCACCGAGUACCGGCGGCUCCUGGGCACGCUGCCCACGGUGAACCGGGCCACGCUGAAGGCGCUCAUCAACCACCUAUUUCGGGUGCAGCGGUUCUCCGGGGAGAACCAGAUGAACACGCACAACCUGGCCAUCGUCUUCGGGCCCACGCUCUUCCAGAUGGAUGGGAAGGACUACAAGGCAGGACGGGUGGUGGAGGACCUCAUCAGCCACUACGUGAAGAUCUUCAAUGUCAAUGACCAAGAGAUGAAGAAGCAGCAGGAUGAGAUCACGGCCAUCAUGAAGAUGCGGGAGGCAGCAUCCAGCGGGACCCAGCAAGCCGGGGACUUCAUCUGCACCGUGUACCUGGAGGAGAAGAAGACGGAGGCUGAGCAGCACGUGAAGAUCCCGGCCACCAUGACCGCCGAGGAGCUCACCUUCGAGAUCCUGCACAGGAGGAAGGUGGUCAUGAAGGAGAAGGACUAUUGGAGCUGCUACGAAGUGAAUGAGAGGGAGGAGGCAGAGCGGCCCCUGCACUACUUGGUGGGAUGGAGCUGGGAGAGGAGCAGUGCUGGGGCUCCCCUGCUCUCACCCUUGGGGCCGGGUCUGGCUGCACCCCAUGCCCCGGGGGGGGCUGGAAUUGCUCAGUGGGUGCCUGCAGCCAGCAGAGGGGGCGACUGCAAGCACGGGAUGAUGAAGUUCCGGGAGGAGAGGAACCUGCUGGGGCUGGGGCUCAGCACCGGCUUCCACGACCGCUACUUCAUCCUGAGCCACCGCUGCCUGCACCUCUACAGGGACGUGAGGAGCCACAAGCCAGAGAAGGAAUGGCCCGUGAGGAACCUGCGGGUGUACCUGGGCAUCAAGAAGAAGCUUCGGCCUCCAACGUGCUGGGGCUUCACGGUCUUCUAUGAGAACGAGAAGCACGAGAAGCAGCAAUGGUACCUGUGCUGUGACACCCAGGCUGAUCUCCGUGAGUGGUUCGCCACCUUCCUCCACGUGCAGCACGGGGGGGCCCUGUGGCCCUCGGAGAGCUCCAAGGUGAGGACGUCGCGGUGGCAGCAGGACUCCAGGUUGGGUAACAUCUCCCUCAUCCCGCUGCGGGGCAAUGAGAGUGAGAUGAGGAACAGUGUGGCUGCUUUUGCUACUGACCCGCUCACCCUCCUGCACAACGUCUGAGCUGGAGGCCUGAGACAACGGUGA